ACAUGAACCUGUUCAUCCUACAGCCUCAUCUGCAUCAGCCCUCUCCAUAACUUUUUCUAGUUGAUCCUUUGUAUGAUUUAGUCCAUAUGAGAGAAUAGUAACUGCAUCUCCCUUAGGAAUUAAUAGCCUGCCAUGGAAACAGGGACUUCGCAUUUACGCAAUUUCCGUCCGGUGAACAUGUCGUGGAACUAACCGGCAGAAUGGGAAGGCUCACGGGGAAGGACACAGUUGUUUGAGAGUUUGAGACAGAUAUAAAGAAGUCUUCUGCUUCACUCAGUGUUAGUAUCGUUAAUGGUAGAAACAUAUCACAAGAGAGAUAUCAGUUGGCUCACUAUUACACUCUUGGAGAUCAAACAGAAACGUCUGUGAAGUACAAUUUUAUCUCAAUUAACGCAGCUGUUCAAUAACGAUGGAGGCCAAGGAUCUUUAUACGCUCCCACCUGAUGCGGUCUGGUUGAUCACCGGCUGCUCGUCCGGCAUUGGAGCAGGUCUCGCCGCACGGCUGGCCAAGCAGACGAUGAACCGCGUCGUCGCAACAGCACGACAGGUCUCUGCGCUCUCGUACCUCGAGGACGACUCGCAGAAGGUGCUCAAGCUUGCUCUUGACGUCACGUCGCCUGCGGCCAUCGAUGAGGCAUUCAGGAAAGCCGUGGAGCACUUCGGGCGUGUCGACGUGGUUGUGAACAAUGCUGGGUACACUAUCAUGGGUGAUACCGAGACUUCAACGCCGCUAGAAGCACGGACGCUUUUCGACACCAAUUUCUGGGGCGCAGUCGAAGUGACCAAGCGCGCGCUCGGAGUCAUGCGGGACGAGAAUCCGAAGACAGGGCAACGCGGCGGCGUGGUUUUCUUCGUGAGCUCUAUGGGUGGCUUCGUCUCGACGCCGGGAAGCGCGUUCUACCACGCUUCCAAGUUCGCCAUGGAAGGCUUCGCGGAGAGCGUGGCGAAGGAGGUGCAUCCGGACUGGAAUACACACUUCUGCAUCCUCGAGCCCGGCGGCACGAGGACGGAGUACCUCGGGCGCAGCUUCAAGAUGAUGGGGACACGACACCCGGCGUAUGCGGCGCCGGAUAUGCCGACGAAUCAGAUGCUGGCGCUCUUCGAUAAUAAGGAGAUCAGGAAGGAUUUUAGCUCCGCUGAUGAUAUUGCUAGGGGUAUGUGGGAGCUCGUUACGCGCGGGGAGAAGAUCCCGAUUAGAGUCCCGCUUGGGAAUGAUGCGUGGGCGGCCGUUGUUGAUGAGGCUGGAAAAGUGAAGGAGGAACUUGAGGCAUUGGGUCCGUUUAGCACUUCUUUUGGGGGCGCUUUGGGAGCUGAGGCGAGGGCGACUUUGGGACAAUGGACGCAGUAAGACCAUAUGUGAUAUAGUCGAUAGAGACCUUAUGUUGGCGAUAUAGGUUCCUCGUCUAAUGAAAGUAGCUUAUACUGUGGCCAUCCUGAAAAGUCGUGCGUCCAGACAUCUGUUGCUCUCAAAGGAAAGACCCCUUAAUAUAAGGGUAAAAGCGACCUCAGCGUUCAGAAUAACUGAACCUGCUCAGGCCAAAUCUGAUUGUAUCGGAAUAAGCACUUAGCUUCCACAGCCUGAGGACGAUUGAGG